ACACAACAUACAUUAGCAGAGCACAUUUUUAUGGUCGUUAGUCGUGUUGCGUAGCUCAAACAAGUAAUAGUCUCGUUGAUCAUUCGUCGUGCACACAUUGUGUCUUUCGAGCAGGUCGUACUGAACAGAAAUUUAUUUUUUUUCUGUAUCUUUUCAAUUCCGCGCGAUUUUUCCCUCUUUCGCCUCGUGGAUACAAGUCAAUUUACGUUCGUUCAACAUCUUCAUAGGCGUUUGGAAAUGACCUGAAGUUGUGUAUAUUAUUUGUGAAGAGAAAAAAAUUUCAAACAAAUUUCAUUUUUUGUUGUGGAAUUUUUUUUUUACUGUCUGUAUAAAAGUAUAAAUAGAUUAAAACAAACGCCAUUUUGAAUUAAAAUUAUGUGCUAGUGGUGAAUUGCCAAUUUGAAAAACAAAUCCGAAAAUAAAAGCGAGCAAUUUUCAAUUCAAGUAAAAAAAAAAAAAUUCGAUACGAAUUUUUUUUCAUUUGCGAAACAAACUAAUUGAAAAAAAAAAAAUAAAUUGAAGAAAAACAAAACGUGUUGAUUAUGUUGGAGCAAGAAAACGAUUUGUCGGUGGCGAGUGGCUUUGAGCGAAGCUCAAAAAAUAAAGAUUUUGAUACGAAUUCCGCAUUGGAUUCGGGCUUUCUAUCUGGUCCACAGGCGAUUUAUUCUGGUGAAAUAGACAGUGCAUUGGACGACGAUUCAUCAUUGGCGCUAUCGCAAUCAUCGUCGUCGUUGAAAAAAGCGUCUGAUAAGUGUAGCCAGCAAAAAAUACAAAUUGACACAAAUAUCGAUUCGGGCUGUAUCGUUGACUCCGCACAAAUGAUUUCGACGGGUGGUGUUGGUGAAGGCGGUCUACCUGACUGGUUCAACAAUUUAAGUAUUAAGGAUUCACCAUCGAUCAACAAUUUGGAUGGUACCAAAGACAAAUCGAACCAACAGUUGUCUCAACAGCAGCAGCAGCAGCAGCAACAACAAAAAAGCAGUAUCGAGGCCAACCUUUGGAAGUUAUGCUACCGACAAGAUAGCGACGGUGAUACUCAGCUGCAUCUCGCGAUCAUCAAUGAAAUUCCACACAUAAUCUGGGCCAUUAUUCGUCUAGCCCCAGCAGCCUGGCUAUUGGACCAGAAGAACGAUGAUGCCCAAGCACCAAUCCAUUUAGCCGUACUCACCAGACAACCAAAUGUCGUUCGACGCCUACUCGUGGCCGGAGCCAAUGCAUCGAUUCGAGACGGUGACGGCAAUACCGCACUUCAUUUGGCCUGCAUCAAUGGUGACAUGACAACAGUUGAAGCUCUCUUAAAGCCAAUCACGGCCGCUGAACUUAAAGAGUACAAUCAAUCGGCACAUCAAUUGCCACAAUCGAAUGCUAGCCGUCGACAGUUCUCGAUUGAUUUAGAACAAAGGAAUUUUUAUGGUGAAAAUUGUGUUCAUAUUGCCGCACAGCAAAACCAUGUCGAAAUACUGAAGCUAUUGAUUCGGGAAGGUGCUGAUAUCAAUGCAAGAGAAGGUCGCGCUGGGUAUACGUCACUUCACAUAGCCGUUGAAAAUAAUAACAUGGAAUUGGCGAAAUUUUUAUUGGAAAGCAGUAAACAAUUGAACACGGAAACGUUCAACUAUCGUCAGGUGACGGCUUAUCAACUAGCCGCUGAGCUCGAACACUCGGACAUGCUGCAAAUAUUGGAACGCUACGGAUGCGAAAUGAUACCACCGCCAGAGAGCGAUAUGGACGAAUCGGAUGAAUCAUUCGAUGCUGAUCCAGACAAUAACUAAAAGAGACACAGAGUUGCAGCCAAAAUUGUCCAAAUGCUGAUAGAAAAAAAACCACUCUUCACACUCACAUUUCAAUUAUAUCAUUCUCUACUUUCAUAAAACUCUAUUUGUACUCAUCAAAAACCCCUCGAACUAUGGAGCAAGAAAAAAAAACGCCAAAUCGUGGGCAAAUCCGAAUCUAUGCAUUAAUUUAGCCGGAAAAUACAAACAAACAACACACAAUGAGAGAUAUACAAUUCAAAAGAUAUUUAAGUGAAAUUAGUAUGAUUUUAAUUUGUACGUUCGUUUAGCGCAUAGAUUAUAUAAAAGGAGCAGCAGCAUAUCGCAUCUAAUUCUAUUCUAUUAUUAUUAUUAUUAUUAUUAUUACCUUUCCAUAAAUAAAAUCAAUAAAAAAUUAUUUGUUAAAAAAUAUUCAUAAACGAAAGCAAAAAAAAAAAAAAUUAUCAAAAACAAGAUCUGUCUGUUUGAACAAAAUUGCAUAGUGGUAUUUAAAACUAAGGAGGAAAAACAAGAAGAAGAAGAAGAAGAUCGCCUUUUGUCUUAGAUGUUGUCUUUAACUGUUGGUUCAAAUGAAAUAAAACCAAAUCUAUGUUUUAAUAGAA